AUGACAUCAUUACGGCUAGCAUUAAUUAAACAGUGUAAGUAUCCAAGUCAUUACAAACAUGGCCUGGUCACACCUGUGCCUAAAGCAUACCCACCAACUGACGUCAGUAACGAUUUUAGACAAAUCUCUGUUUUGCCACAUAUUGGGAAAAUCCUAGAGAGAGUACAACUACAACUCAAUCAAAAUGACAUCAUACUACGUUCCAGUCAACAUGGUUUUACUAGUGGCCGCUCUACUACAUCGGCUCUGAUAUCCAUCACACAGCCAUGGUUUAAUGCUACAGACAAUACCUGCCGUGACAAAGCAGGCAUCCAUGCCCUCUUUAUCGACUUUAAAAAAGCCUUUGAUCUAGUUGAUCAUAGGAUCCUGUUGAAUAAACUUGCAUUGAUGAAUGUUAAUAAAAGCUUCUGGUUGUGGGUCAAAAGCUUCUUAUCUGGUAGAACUCAGCAGGUCAAGAUAAAUCAAACACUUUCAUCGAUCGAGGGUUGCCCAGCUGGAGUACCGCAAGGAUCUGCUCUUUCGCCGACUUUAUUUAAUAUCCACAUUGACGACUUAGAUACGAGUGUUCCUGAAGAUCUUGAGGUGAGCACAUAUAAAUAUGCCGAUGACUGCACACAAAGCGAAUGCAUCAUGAAGGGAGAGUGUAGCAACAUGUAG